UAAUUAAAACGUUAAUUAACAAUUUAAUUAAUAAAUAAUUAUUAAUAAUCAAAAAUGUGGUCGCGAGUGCUAAAAAUUUGGUUCGUUUUAAUUUUUAUGGUAUAUUUUUUUCGCAAAAGUUGUUCAAUGCCAACAACUGAAACUUGGGAUAAAACAACGACGAUUAACAAUUUAAAUUUAACCCAAGAAAUCGCUUCAACUUAUUUCGCUAAGAAUAAAACGGAAAUUGAUCAAACGACGAUAAAAGACGGCCUAAAUUUCGUUGAGGAUGAUAAUAAAGUUAUUGAGACUGAAUCGGUUUGCCCAGAAUUAAGCGGAAAUUACGAUGAGUUAACUCAAACGAGAUUUUCAACCAUAUUAACACAAGAUUGUCGUUAUGAUAAGUUAACGAAACCCGAUAAAGAUCAAGUUACUGAUGUUACGCUUCAAAUUGAUAUUAGACAUAUUGAAGCUAUGGAGCAAAUGCAAUUCAAAAUGCACAUAUUAGUCCAAUACCGAUACACGGACACGCGAUUAAAUUACGAAUCGAUUUCGCCGAAACGCGGUCACAUGCUCGGCGAGGACACGUUAAGAAAAAAAAUUUGGAUUCCCCAUCUGGUUUUAUCGAACGAAAAGGACACGUUCAUUAUGGGUUUGGAGGGCAAAGACGUGUUCGUUUCGAUUUCGCCCACGGGAGAGGUGAUCUAUUCGUACCGAAUGACCGCGAUGAUUUAUUGUUGGAUGGACUUGCUUUAUUUCCCGUUCGACGAGCAAACUUGCAGCUUGCAUUUUAUGAGUUGGACGUACAAUUCGUCGCAGUUAGUUUUGAAAUGGGACGAUGAGGACCCGGCCAAAGUCGCCUCACAAUUACAUCUAACCGAAUUUCGACUUUUAGAGCAUCACACGUUUAGCGGGGAAACCCCCGCUCCGUUAUCAAAAGGAGCUUUUGCCGGAAAUUAUAGCACUUUAAUUUUAGAGUUUAAAGUCGCAAGAGAGAUCGGUUAUUAUCUAAUGGAUUAUUUUAUCCCAUCGAUAAUGUUAGUUUGCACCUCUUGGGUGACGUUUUGGUUACAAGCCGAUAACGCAGCCCCUAGAGUCACUUUAGGAGCUUCUACGAUGUUGUCGUUUAUAACCUUAGCUUCGGGGCAAACCAAAAAUCUCCCGAAAGUUUCUUACAUUAAAGUCAGCGAGAUUUGGUUUUUGGUUUGCGCCCUAUUUAUAUUCGCCUCAAUGGUUGAAUUCGCAUUUGUAAAUAUCAUUUGGAGGAGAAAGAAAGAAGUUGCUUUAAUCAAAGUAAACAGUAAAUACAUAUUAAAAUCGACCCUAACGCCGAAAUUAGCGCGAAAAGAGUUCGAGAAAACCGCGCUUGGGCGAGAAAACGCUUUGUAUAAAUCUCGAUCAGUUGGAAGUUUAAAUGGAAGUAAUGGAAGUUGUAAUGACAAUAAAGAAUUUAAAUACAAUAAUUAUUUAACGGUUCACAGCCCGAUGGAUAUUCCUAAGAUAAUAACACAAAGUGCUGAUCCCAUCAUACAAAUUGAAAGCGGGACGAAUUUAGAUCAAGACGAGAAAGAGAACAAACCGCGUAAAUGGACGACGAUGAGCCCGCAAGAGGUUGCGAUUUGGAUCGAUAAGCGAUCGAGAAUAUUUUUCCCCGCCUUAUUUACACUCUUUAACAUCGUCUUUUGGACGGUUGUUCUAAUCGUCUAAAUCAAAAAUGAAUAACAAUAGCGAUCUUUUUUUUUGAAUCUCAAAAGGAAAAUGAAAAAAAGAAUUUUAAAACGUAACUCAAGAAUCUAAGAGGACUGCUAAAUCUUACUAAACUGUUUCACACUUUGAAUUAGUAAAUACUUUAUUUAUUCUAUUCAUGUUUUGUAAUGUUGUUAGUUUGAGACUUAAUAGGGCACGGAACUUUUGUAACAAAACGAUACGA